AGCAGCGGAAAUUGCAAUUUUCAGGUUGGACCAGGCCGGACACCGCCUCGGAUAGCUGCUCUUGAGCACCGCUCUUGACACAGUUCUGCGGAGUUGGAUGACAAUGGACGGCGACAGUUCUACCACGGACGCUUCCCAGCUAGGGAUCUCCGCGGACUACAUCGGAGGGAGCCACUACGUGAUCCAGCCGCACGAUGAUACUGAGGACAGCAUGAACGAUCACGAAGACACAAAUGGUUCAAAAGAAAGCUUCAGAGAGCAAGAUAUUUAUCUUCCCAUUGCAAAUGUGGCCAGGAUAAUGAAAAAUGCCAUACCUCAAACAGGAAAGAUUGCAAAAGAUGCCAAAGAGUGUGUGCAGGAGUGCGUGAGUGAGUUCAUCAGCUUCAUCACGUCGGAGGCCAGCGAGCGGUGCCACCAGGAGAAGCGGAAGACGAUCAACGGGGAGGACAUCCUCUUCGCCAUGUCCACGCUGGGCUUCGACAGCUACGUGGAGCCCCUCAAGCUGUACCUGCAGAAGUUCCGGGAGGCCAUGAAAGGAGAGAAGGGAAUUGGAGGCGCCGUGACGGCCACGGACGGCCUCAGCGAGGAGCUCACGGAGGAGGCCUUCACUAACCAGUUACCGGCAGGCUUAAUAACUGCGGAUGGUCAACAGCAGAAUGUCAUGGUUUACACAACGUCCUACCAACAGAUUUCCGGAGUUCAGCAAAUUCAGUUCUCAUGAUCUGCGGGCGCAGCGGAGGGAAGGCGAGGCGAGGCGAGCGUGGGGCUGCGAUUCUGGAGGAGACGUCGGUGGAAGGGACACAGAGACGUCCUUGUAAAUUAAGUAGCUGUAAUGUAGCUUCCUGAUGCUUGACUAAUUGAGGUGUUAAUUCUGACUUGAGAAUCUUUUUCAUGAAUGAUUUUAAAGAAAAAUUUGGAUUUUAAAGGUAUUAAAAUAUUUUUGUUUUGUACGAGUGUUGCUCUGUGUGACGCCUGUAUGCAUUGUAUAUUGCAGUUUAUUACUGUCAGAGAUUUGUAGACAGUUUCUUAUUUUCAUAUUGAAUCAUGUUACUUUUGUAAUUCAAGCAAGCAGCUGGGUUAAUUCAUGUUUACCCUUUUAAUAAAACAUAAGGGUAGAGUUCAUUUUGAAUGCAAAUUGCCUUUAUUAUAAAUUUGAGUUUGUCUUGGCUCUAUAAUACCUUGCAUGAUAACCUAGCUAGAUUUUUAGCCUUUGCUGUAUUUAUUAAAGUCACUUUUCGGGGUGAGAUGUCAUAGAGCAGUGUGGUUGGCCGAGUGUGAACACGGAGGUGUUGUCCGCUGGUGCCCCAGUCCCCGGAGCCUCUGGGGACCUGGCUUGUUUUCCAGUCCAUCCCCGUGACUGCCGGGCGAGUGUCCGUUUGGUGCAGUCCCAGCCCCUCCGUGUGGUGUUUCCUCGGAGCGUGCCCUGAGUGUCCCCACGGCCUCGCCAGAGUCUGGGGGCGAACGUCUGCGUUCCCCUUCCUGUGCCGCCCGGGGCCCCCCCGGCCUGCACGACUGGGCGGAGCGGAGACCAGUGUGUGCUGUGGGCGGGUGGAGAACAGGCCACCACCGUCCUGCUAGCUGCCGUCUUGGUCCUGGCAGUGAACUCAGCCUAGACCGUGGCACUGCGGAGUUGAAAGUGAGGAUUUGUAUUUUCUCAUCUGUUCUUUGUUCUUAAAUGGAGUAUGGAAGGUGGCUGUCCUGCGGUCUGCCCAGCAGGAAGCUUGAGUGGCUGUCACCUUCCAGACGCGCUCGCCUCACAGGUCUGAGGCUGGCGCUCUCACCCCACCCAUGUUAAAAAUCCUCGGUGCAGAAAAGUCCGGUAGGAAAGGAAGGGACAGGCGGUGAAGUGGAAUCAGCAAUCAUCCUACUGUGUUGAAAUAACCAAUGUUGAUAUUUUGAUAAAUACCAUUUGUCCUUUUACUUUGCAAAAUAUGUAUAUUUUUAUAAGAAUGGGCUCAUAUUGUGCAUACUGUUUUGUAACCUGCUUUUUUCACUCAACAAUAUAUUGUGAACCUGUUUCCCAGGUCUGCCUAGUCUUCUGCACCAUUUUUGUUGGUUUACUAUUCUGUUGUAUGACUGAAUCAUAAUUUAUUUGUCUACUGGAGAUUUGGACUAUUUAUAUCUUUUCACGGUUAUAAAUAACACUUCACCGA